AUGACUCUGGUUCAAGGUGUCGACUACUCAGUCGUCAAUCCGGAGCAAAAAUGGAAAAUUCUCAGGUCGCAAUCACGCUUCGCUUUCUGGGCUUUUUGGAUUUCCACUGGUGUCAUAAUGCAAGGUUUUGAUAUCGUAGCCGGUGGUCAGCUAGCUGCUCUGCCUGCUUUUCGAGAGCAGUUCGGAACUCUUCAACCAGAUGGGAGCCAUUUGAUCCCAGCUUAUUACCUUUCAGCCUGGAACUCCAUUGCUCCUGCGUGUGAAAUCGUGGCUACUUUUAUCUUUGCACCUAUGCUAGAGAAGUUUGGACGCAAACCUGGGAUCCUUGCUGCGUCCAUUAUAUCCGUCGCCGGUAUUGCCAUUGGUAUUAUGUUCACUAUAGCUCCUUUAUGGAUUGGCGAGACCUGUCGUCCUGAACUCCGUGGCUUCUUUCUUUGUUUCUUCAACACUAGUAUUGUGUUUGGACAAUUUGCCAUCGUCGUGGUAUCGAAAGGAAGCAGCGGCAUAGACGGUAAAUGGCAGUGGUGGCUUCCUGUCGUUGCCAUGUAUAUAUUCCCACUUAUCCUUACUGUCGUCUGGCCUUUUUUUCCUGAAUCACCAUACUGGCUCGUUCGCCAGAAUCGCACCACCGAUGCCAAGAAUGCCCUCCGCCGCGCCUAUGGCUUCAAGGGUGCCGACUCAGCAUUUUAUGACAUAGAAGUCCUCCGCAUGGAAGAGGAGAUACGAAUUACAACUGAGUUGCAAGGCGGUGUUGCUGCUAAACGUAACACUAUCUUAGGUGUUAAUGUAUCCGCCGAAGCCGAAUGCUUCCGUGGCAUAAACCGCAAGCGCACGUUAACUGCAAUUUUUGCUGCCAGCGCACAGCAAAUGAUUGGAGCGACUUUCGUGAUUGGUUAUGCCACAUAUUUCCUAGAACUCAUCGGGAUUACUAAUUAUUUCAAUGCUUCGGUUGCGCUGUAUGUAGUCAUGCUUAUAGCGAGCAUGGCUGCGUUCCCACUUACCGAGAUCUUUGGACGACGUGUAUUGCUAGUUUGGCCUCAAUUUGUUCUAUGUUUCAUGUUACUGAUGAUUGGAAUUAUGGGGUGUGUGCCUAAUCAGGUCCAAGCAGGUUAUGGCAUUGUGGCUUUCAUCUAUCUGUGGGCCAUCAUCUACCAACUUUCAAUUGGUGCUACUGGGUUCGUCCUUGCAUCUGAAAUUGCAACUAUGCGGCUUCGCGGGGCAACUCAAGGUCUGAUCACGAUCACCAACGCGUGUUGGGGAUUGAUCAUGCAGUUUACUGUCCCUUAUAUGAUAAACCCAGACGCAGGGAAUCUUGGAGGAAAAGUGGGCUUCAUUUUCCUUGGGACUGGACUGAUAGCAGCUAUUGGAGGGUGGUACCUGUACCCUGAGACGAAAGGCAUCUCAUUUGAGAAACUCGAUGAACUUUACAGCUUAAAGGUUGCACCUCGACAUUUCAAGAAGUUGUCUAGGGAGGCAGGUAUUGGACACAUACGUGACAGCCCACAGCAGGUCGAAGCAGAGGUGAUUGCGAACAAGACGGACAAAGAGCACGUAGAGCAUUCGAGCGUUUAA